CUCACUUCUCUGCAGCUCAUGCAAAGGUGAGCCAAAGCUAAAAGUUUCUUUUUCCAAUCAUAAAAUACUGUCUAUUCUUCUAAUUUGUGCUUUUUGUGAUCGUUGAAAACGUGUUUAGUAACUUUUCUUGAUAGGUUUACGACUGAAGUAGUGCUGAAAGGAAUUUUCAGAAGCAAUUGGAUCAUUGCAUCAGGACUUCCAAUGUCUAAAAUAAAUUCACAUGGAGCGACGGGUCUUCGAAACAUUAACCUGGAAGAGAUUUGGGCCGACCUGGAAGGUGGCAUAAAACAGGUCUAUAAACAGGAACAGGGCCUCCGCUCCGCCCGUUACAUGCAGCUUUACACACAUGUCUACAAUUACUGUACAAGCGUUCAUCAACCAGCCAAGGGACAAAUGCAAUGGAGAGCCUCCAAGAAGGAAACGGCAGUUCCUUCUGGAGGAGCUCAACUGGUUGGACAAGAAUUAUAUAAGCGAUUGAAGGAAUUUCUGGAGUACUACUUGAUUGCCCUUCAGGAAAAUGGAAUCGAUUUGAUGGAUGAAGAAGUUCUAUGUUUCUACACAAAACGAUGGGAAGAAUAUCAAUUUUCGAGUAAAGUACUGAACGGUGUCUGUGCAUAUCUGAAUCGACAUUGGGUAAAACGUGAAUGCGAGGAAGGUCGUAAGGAUGUUUACGAAAUCUAUCAACUCGCUUUGGUGACAUGGCGUGGAAAUUUGUUCAAACAUCUGAAUAAACAGGUCACCAACGCGGUGCUGAAGUUGAUCGAACGAGAACGCAAUGGCGAAACAAUUAAUUCACGACUUGUGUCCGGUGUGAUAAACUGCUACGUUGAGCUCGGUCUGAACGAAGAAGAUCCCAAUGCUAAGGGUCAGAACCUUUCCGUGUACAAGGAAAGUUUCGAAAACAUUUUCUUGGAGGACACUGAAAUGUUUUACACUAGAGAAAGUGCGGAGUUUUUGAGGGAGAAUCCCGUUACUGAAUACAUGAAACGUGUCGAACUACGCUUGAACGAAGAACAAAAACGCGUCCAAGUUUAUUUGCAUGAGAGUACACAAGAACGACUGGCAAAGACGUGCGAGCGUGUAUUGAUUCAAAAGCAUUUGGAACAGUUCCGGACAGAAUUUCAAAAUCUUCUAGAUUCUGACAAAAACUCAGAUCUGCGUCGAAUGUAUUCACUGGUAGCACGCAUCGUUGAAGGGCUGGUGGAGCUUAAAGCGAUUUUGGAGAUGCACAUUCAUAAUCAAGGCCUAGCAGCUAUUGCGAAGUGCGGCGAAGCCGCUCUUAAUGAUCCUAAAAUCUACGUCCAAACAAUUUUGGAAGUACACAAGAAGUAUAAUGCCCUUGUACUUACAGCAUUCAAUAACGAUAGUGGUUUUGUCGCUGCGCUGGACAAAGCUUGUGGUAAGUUUAUAAAUACGAAUGCGGUAACGGAAGCAAGCAAAAGUGCCAGCAAGAGUCCUGAAUUGCUGGCUAAAUACUGUGAUCUACUACUGAAAAAAUCCAGCAAGAAUCCAGAGGAAGCUGAGCUAGAGGAUACACUAAACCAAGUGAUGGUUGUCUUUAAGUACAUAGAAGAUAAAGAUGUAUUCCAGAAGUUUUACAGUAAAAUGUUAGCAAAGCGACUCUGUCAUCACAUGUCUGCCAGUGACGAUGCGGAAGCGUCAAUGAUUUCCAAAUUGAAGCAAGCAUGUGGUUUUGAAUACACCAGCAAAUUACAGAGAAUGUUCCAAGAUAUUGGAGUCUCGAAGGAUCUCAACGAACAAUACCGGCAACACGUUAAAGGAUUGCGUGAGGCGUCCAAGUCGACCGGCAACGACAUCGACUUUAGUAUUCUGGUACUAUCCAGUGGUUCAUGGCCGUUCAAUCAGAGCUUCACAUUCUCUCUGCCAUUUGAGCUGGAACAGUCCGUCCACCGAUUCAGUAAUUUUUAUGCAAAGCAACAUUCCGGACGAAAGCUCAACUGGCUGUAUAAUAUGUGUCGUGGAGAGCUCAUAACAAACUGCUUCCGGCUAAGGUACACUUUACAGGCCAGCACGUUCCAAAUGGCCGUUCUGCUACAGUUCAACGAACAGACGACGUGGACGAUUCAGCAGCUCGGUGAAAAUACAAGUAUAAACCAAGAGAGUCUCAUCCAAGUACUUCAAAUUCUUUUAAAAAUGAAAUUGCUCACAUGCUACGACGACGAAGCUAACCUUACGCCUGCAUCCAGUGUUGAACUUAAUACUGGCUUUAAAAACAAAAAGCUUCGGAUCAAUAUCAAUUUCCCGCUGAAAACAGAACUGAAGGUCGAACAAGAGGCGACCCACAAACACAUUGAGGAGGACAGAAAGAUCUUGAUACAAGCGGCGAUCGUGCGGAUCAUGAAGAUGCGCAAAGUACUGAAUCACACUCAUCUGGUAGGCGAAGUCCUCAAUCAGUUAUCAACGAGAUUUAAACCUAAGGUUCAAGUGAUUAAGAAAUGUAUUGACAUCCUGAUAGAGAAGGAAUAUCUCGAGCGCCAGGAAGGACAGAAGGACACAUACAGCUAUCUAGCUUGAUCAGUAGUAGGUUUAUUUUUCGUAGCUAUUUAAAAAAAAAACUUGGAUAUCAAAACCGAAUGUAGAAAUAUAAAAGAUAAACUUUGAAUAGAUACCAGUUAAGCAGAAUACAAUAUUCAUCAUAACUGCGGAUUCGAACUAGUUUCAAAUUUCACUGAUUCCAUUGCUCUAUUAAUUUGCAAAAUUUCAAAACUGUAGCUUUACUUGUUUUCCUUUCCUGUUGUAUUGAUUUUAGUUAUGUUUAGUCGUUUAAAAUUGAGAACAGAAAAACUUUUCUGUACACAAAACUCAGUUGUCCUUGUUCAUGUCUACAUAGUUCCCGUAUAUGGUUGAAAAAUUAAUCAAAAUGUUUAGACGAAAAUUAAUCUAGUAUUAUGCUUUUUAUGACUUGCUCUCGGGAUAUAUAUUGACAGAGUCCCACAUUUUUAGAAAAUCGUUUUCAGUGGAAUUUUUUAGGACACAAUUAUCCAAAUAGUGAGAAUCCAUAAGUUUGUUGUACAAUAGAUAGCUUUUUAUUCAUUGUGCUAAUGGCAAACGAAUACUGGAACAAGUUCAAACAGAAAAUAAAAAAAAAUACAUGAAUUGAAUUUGGUUGUAAAAAUGAAAAUACUCCACACUCAGUCCAGCCAACAAAAAAAGAUGCAGACUAUGAAAAAAUGUUUAAAAUAUAUGGUAUUUCAUUAUGUGAAAACAA